AUGGGACCUCACCUUCAGUAUGAACUCAAAUCUGAUAUUGUUUCCAGUGGCAUGUUUGGCCUUGUUACAGGCGAAGAUGAUUUAUUUGCUAAUACCAUCCUCUUACGCCUUGCUGAUGGCUUUAGGAGAGGCAACACGGAUAUCAGGCUUUCUUUUGUCAGAGUUUUCUUGAUCGACCGAAAGCACCACGAUAACAGGAAGCACAAGCAGUGUAAAUGGUUGUUGUCAAUGGCCAGAGUAGCUAAUCACUUGGAGUUGUUGAAGCGGGUGAAACCUUUUUCAACGGUGGAUAUUCAGAAUCCAAAGCUAGCUCUGAUAGGUCUAGAGCUGAUAUCAAAUUCUUCUAAUGAAGAUUUUAUUUCAAAACUGGCAUCUUCCUCUACACUUUUUACCCCCACUCAUAAUUCUACUUCAACAAAGCAUAUAAACAACAAGUUAAGGCUUUGUUUGGGAUUUGAAGGGGGAGGAGAGGAAGAGAUAGAGAAAGGGAGGGGAAUCACACACAUUAUUCGAGAGUAUUUUUGA